AUGAACGCAGACUACGGCCUCAAGUUUCGCCAAGUCCUGCUCACCCCGGACCCCCAUUACAUCCCUGGGUAUGCGGGCUACUGCCCUCAGCUCAAAUACAACAUGGGGAAGUCCUACGGCCCUCUGACCCACGAGUUGCUGUCCAGUCCUGACGUCAGUCACUCUGCGCGCCUCAUGGUCGGUGCGUCUGAGCCAUGGUCAGAGCCCCGCGAUCUCUGCACUGAGCCGCAGGUCCCAAAGGGCAUCCCAGGAUACACAGGCUUCGUCCCUAAGAGCCAGAGUCAGUUCGCCUGCACCUACGGAGAAAUGUGUCGGAAAGCACUCGGUGAAUUCCAUCAGGAGCGAAAGAGGAGUCAGCACCAGUCAGUCAGACUGCCAGCUCUGAGCCGCAGGCCUCAAGAUGUGUCCACUCCGCUGACCCCUGUGUCCAUGGGGAGGGCGGUGGUCCCCUUCAAACCCUCGAGGCCCUUCCUCCCCAUCGAGCGGCCGUAUGUGAUGGACGACCUCAACCCUCACAAGUAUUUUAUUUCAGGGUUCACUGGACAUGUGCCAAAGACCCGCUUCCUCUUUGGGAAAGGUUACUCCAUAACCACGAACCAGGCUCUGAUUCUAUUUGGAAAACAACAGCGGCAUGAACCCUCUGGUCAGGAGCCAGCCAAGGGGGGCUCCUCUCCCUCACACUACCCCCCAAAGCGACCGGUGGUGCCAGCCUUCACUGGGCACAUACCAGGAUACAGAUUCUUAUACGGACAAACCUUUGGACAGCUGUCCCAGAAAGCAUUGGAGCAGAGCGGCAGCAAACGAGCGGCGUGA